AUGCUACGCCAUGCGCUGUCUUCAAAGCAAUUGUCGCGGUUUUAUUUGUUCACAAAUGUGGAUUAUGGAGCCAAUGUUCGCCGUGAUGAAAUGAGCUUUGGUGAACCGUUAAUUUACGAAGAGCCUGGCUAUCCUGAGUGCAACCCUGACCAAUUUCCUGCUUGGUUCUACCUGCCAGCUCUCCGGUCUCUCAAAAUAUGGCUUCGCACCAAGCAGCUGGAGGGCAUAGAAAUGCCUCAUAGGCGUCUGACUCUUUCUCGGCUUGAACGUCUCAUUCUCACACGAGCAACCAUUAAGGAAAACCCGACUUCGACUAACAGCCACAUCAACAUUUUUAAACCAAAUAAAAUACUAGAGUAUGGUAUUAGGAGUAACUGA